AUGGGUCGGCCACAGCGGCCGCCUCCCGCUGCGUUCCUGGCGAUCGGAAGAAGCUGCGAACCCUCGAUCCCUUCACACGUCACUGAAUAUGCCAACAAGCCACUACCGCCACUACCACCGCCGACGUCGCACCCAAGACGAACGGGGACGUCUUCGUCAAGGAUAUCGCUCACUACGGCUGAGUUGCUGGAACAACUCUCGCGUCCUCCGACGAGCAUCGUGGAUACUGAGCCGAGUACACCACCUCCGAUUCCUGCCCGGUCAGCCCUUCGACCCCGGUGCCCCAGCAUCUCGACCAAGUCUAUUCUCAGCCGCCGCCGGUCGUCACGAAAGAUCCAGCAACUCACGGGCUACGACAUCGAUUUCAUGGCGGAGAGUCCGGUCGCGCCUUGCUUCGCCGAUUCAGACGCAUCGAGCGGUAACAGUAUGAGAUGGGAAUCGGAUUACAACGUCCUGCCGCCACUCGAGGAAGACAUUGGCGGGGAUACCAGCAGGGGCAGCUCCUGGGAGCCGGUGUCGCCGCCGCCAGGCAUCAUGCCAGCACCGCUAUUCAUCUCGAAACCAGCCACACGCGACGGAAGCGACUCCAGCCUGGGAAAAUACGGCUCUGCCACGUCGCCGUGGGACAAAGAGGAAAUGACACGCCCCUGGGACCUGGGGUACGGUCAAUUCAGCGACGUGAUGGCAGCGGGGGAAUAUCACCAGUUUGCGACACAGUUGGCCACGCAUCACCGGCGGCAGUACAGCGCAGACAGUUACCUCUCAGGGCCGACCCCGAAGCAAAAGAGAUCAUCCCUCAAAGUGAACUUUGCCGCGGGAAAGCUUGUAUCUCGACGCAAUACUCUGCAGGCUGGGGACCGGUCGAUAGCACCUUUGGUCACGAGGCACAAUUCGCACAGGACGCCGAAGAUCCUGGCAGCCUCACCGGUGGACCGCGCGGGCUCGAAACAGAUGCCCGUAAGCGCCUUUGACAGCGACUCAGACGACUCAGACGGGGGCAUUGGACACGGCAUCAAAGGGUGGCUAGGGCUAGUGACUGAAGAGCCUGUUUCCUCGGAGAGGCCGUAUGCGCACGGCGUCAAGAGGCACCAUGCCCUCGUGGCGGCUGGGUCACGGGCGUCAACUGGUGAGCAUAUGCGAGGUCUUUUGCAUCACGCCAAAGAUAAACUGCAGAUGAGUAAGGAGGAGAGGCGACGAGAGGAACUUAAACGACACAUUCGUGCGGCCGCAGCAUGA